AUAGACUUCUGCUGCAUCGAUUCUGGUACAUUCAUCUCAGUCCGUUACAAUCUUUCGACCAUGAACUCUCAACAGUUUCUAGCCAUUUUGUCUAUUGUUCUUGCUCUUGCAAGUGGAGCAGUCUCUGAGGCAACAACGAGAAUGCGUGGCAGCGGAACAAAGAGAAUCAAAGGAUCUCAUGACAACACACAGAACUUGCUUUCACGGACACUGCACGGAAGGGAAGCAUUGCUGUUGAGUGAUGUUGUACCCAACGAAGAAGAGAAAGGUGGAGAAAAAGAUGACAAUGCUGGCAGCGAGCAAGAUAAGGGUGGAAAGGAUGGCAAGGCCGAAGAGCAAGACAAGGGCGGCGACAAGGGAGGCGACAACGGAAAAGGCGACAACGGAAAAGGCCAGGGCAGAGAAGAAGAAGAUAACAAUAUCAACGAAGAAAACGAGGAGCAGAAUGAUGAAGAUGUUCUAACUUGUUUUGCAAACACUUUGGCCGCUGCACCAGAAACAGUAAUAUUCAGUGCUGACAUUGUUACCUGUGCUACAGAGCUCAUUAGCGGAUUGGACGGCGAAAUUCAGCUGGAUGCGUUGCUGAAUUGCCUAGGAACAGCAUUAGACUGUGCCAACACUGACAAUGGUAAUAAUCUUGGAGAUCGAAAUGACAACGGAAAUGAUAACAACAACCUCCUCGACUUGAUUCCACUACCCCUGGCCGUACCCGUGGCCGGAUCGCCAUAACUUAGAGUGGGAAACAAAAAUAUGUAUGUGAUGGAGAACUGGAGCAGCUACAGUUGUCCGCAACUUUGAAUGCGGCAACUAGAUCUUGUGGAAAACCCCAAACGAACGAUCAGCCCCCACGCAAAUGUGGUGGUGUAUGCGCCCACCCUCACUUGUCCAGUAGUGCCGGUAUGGACUCCGUUAUAUUAUGUGUUUGUAAUCUAGCUAUAACAGUAUUAUUUUAAGCCACUAUUCAAAGCCUGACCACCGCCAGUUUUCAUCAUCUUGAGGGCUAGCUUCUGGGCAUAAGUAUAAGCAUAAGCGAGGAACCUUGGCAUUUGCCAGAGGAGACUUCGAUACCGGACCCGUGGCAAGUGGCG